AUGUCUUUCAUUAAGAAACAUUUUAAACACCAUGGUGAUCAUGGUGAAAAAGAACAACAUGGCGAGCAUAUAAGGGAGGAUACACCAUACGGUGAUACUUCACCCACUUCCACCUCUACUGUGCCUGUGUCUUCGAGGGAUCAGCAGCAGCAGCAACAAGGUGUCGGUAACUGGAACCAACCAAGCAAUAACUCCGGACAACAACAACAACAUCCAUCUUCCUCAAGUAGUACUACUUGGGGUCAACAACAAGGUGGACAACAACCAUAUUCUUCAUCUUCACAUUCUGCAGGACAGCAACUACAACAACAACCUCUAUCAACACUCCCAUCGCUCUCAGAUGGUGGUCAGCAGCAGCAACAUCAAAAAUCACCAUACUCAUCUCAAUCCACCUCUGAUUCUCAGCAAUGGUUGGGUGGUGAUAACAAAGGUCAAAGAUUCCAAGAACAAUCGGGAGAAGAGUGGCCAUUAUUUAGAUGGAUUCGUUCCGAUGAUUCAAACAUUCCAUUAGAGCAGCGUGAAUCUGUGGUCAACUCUCUUAAGAUGCACCAAGUUAACAAUAGUAAGAUGACAACUAUGUUGAAUGACAAUGAAUGGGCCGAAAUCAUCCCAGCAGUAGGUCCAAGGGCAGCUGUCAGAAACUACCUCCAGAAACACAGUAGCCAAGUCUCACAAGAUCUUCCUUACAACAUGGACAAGGUUACACAAGGUGUACCAGAUCCAUCUUCAAAUAUCAAAGAACGUAUGUUUUACAUGUAA